UCAUUCACUAUGACGUCAUCAAUAAGCGACCAGACGCGCUUGCCUUUAUUUAACAUGACAUGACUUCAUGCUUGUGUUUAGAAAUUAAGAGGGUUUGUCCACGUUUAUUAUUUAAAUUAGCAGUUGUUGUUUUUUUGUCGCAUGUGGUAAAAUGCUGAUGCCAAAUUUUUAAAUGUUACCUGCCACGCUAAUAGCUAGAGUGUGCAUGUGACACGAAGCGUUUUUGCCUUUUAUGUUAAGAAGACUAUUUAUUGUAAAUACACUCAACCUUGCUCUUUUAUUUUGAUUUACUAAAAGAGAAGGAGAGUUUUACUAACAAACGGUAACUUGUGAACGAAGAUUUCCCAUAACACAAUGCACAACUGGGCACGUUACCUCAUCUUUUUUCAGUACAUUGGGACGAAAUACAGGGGAGUAGUAAAAGUACCGCCACACCAGCUGGGUCAGUCGGGGGUCCAGGAGCACUUGGAGGACGCAAUUAAGAGACUGAAACCAGUCAACCCAGUGUCUCUGUCGGUGUCCAGCAGGACAGACACAGGUGUCCACGCCCUCUCGAACUCGGCUCACUUUGACCUCCAGCGCAAAGACGACAAGCCUGCUUUCACUGAGGACGUUCUGGUUAAAGCUAUCAAUUUUUACCUCAAGGAACAGCAAAUCAGGGUCACCCAUGCUCACCGCGUCCCUGACGACUUCCAUGCCCGUUAUCAUGCUCAGUCUCGGACCUACGUCUACCGAAUAGCGCUGGGCGUCACCCACCACACUCUGCUCCCGCUCACAGACUGGAAUCUGUGCUGGAGUCUCCGCAACACAGAGCUGGAUAUAGACACCAUGGCUGAGGCGGCUGCACUGCUGGUUGGGACUCAUGAUUUCAGCAGCUUCAGGGCAGUGAACUCUGACUUGCCUUUUAAAAAUCCUGUGAAGACGAUGGAUGUGGUUACCAUACAGCCUGGAAGCUCCUUCGCACGUUCACAUUUUCACAGACAGCUACAAUUCUGGGAGCUGACCUUUAAAAGUCGAUCUUUUCUCUAUAAGCAGGUGAGGAGGAUGGCUGGAGUCUUGGUGGCUGCAGGCCAGGGACUGCUGUCCGUGUCCCAGGUCAAACAGAUCUUGGAUGCGCGGGACACUCUGGCCUUCCCUCAGGGUCUGGCGGCUCCAGCCCAUGGCCUCUUUCUUAAAAGUGUAGAUUACAAAGAGUCCGACCUUCUGUUCUCCCAAAAGCCUGACGUCACUGAAGAUCCAGAGACAUGACGAUGCUACCCGAGUAACAAAUAUCUGAUAUAUUUGUAAAGUCUUUAUGAUAAUGACCAUAAUAAAGUUUUUUAGUAACAUC